UGCUGUCCAAUCUGUUUCAUCAGAGACCUGCUCAUCUGCCUCUGCUUCCCACACAAUGUUGAUUCUCUCCUGUCCUUCCAAGUUGCGGCUGCUGGAGGGGAUACUGAGGAAGUGCCUCCCUCAAGCACUUGUGGUCCAUGGUGCAGUAAUGAACAUAAACCGUGGGAACCCAGCUGGCCAUGAGGUGAUUGUGGAUUCCUGGCCCAAUUUCAAAGCAGUCCUCACCCGGCCACAAAGAGAGGUUGUCUCUGAUGACUCUGAUUUUUAUGCCAAUGUGUAUGCAGCAUUUUACCAAGAUCUUGCUGUCUACCAGACUCUGGUACUGGACACAGACGCUAUUAACUGGAUGCAACGCUUCCGUAUCCAAGGGAACCAGGAUGGCAUAUAUCGAGUAUCCAAGCUUGCUGCUGCUAUUAAGAAUGUGCCACUGUCAGCAACUUCUUACAUUACCUAUACACACCCCAACCCAAAUAAAUUAAUUGAGUACCAGCUAGAUCGCGGCUUCACAGUGUCCACCCUGAAUGCCUCUCAUGUUGAUCUGAUGGAUGAAACAUGGGCCUAUGGGGGCAAUGAACAAAGUCAUAGGUACCUAGCCAGCCUGGUGCAGCAUUUCUUCAGUUCUUGCAUCUUGGAUCCCAAUGGUCAGCUCAUCAGUUGGUGUGUAAUGGAUGCUCUUGGGGCCGCGGGAGUUGGCUACACCCUGCCUGCACACCGUGGGAAACACUAUGCAGCCGUGGCAUCAAGAGAACUAAGCAUGAGAGCCCAUACAGCUGGCUACCCUGUAUACGGACAUGUCGCACUAAGCAAUGUCCACAUGAGAAGCAUACAAGAGCGUCGAGGCCACCAGAAAUUACCUCAAUUGUGUCAUAUCUGUACCCAUGCUGAGGUACAGAUAUGAGAGGAAGAACAAGAGAGGACUGUAAGUUUGCCUGGCCACUGCCACACAUUCCUCCCAUCAUAACUCUGUCAUCAGUCUACAGGUGAGAGCUAAUCUAGUUUGAGAGCUAAUUUCUUUGGCUGUACAGAUACUUGUAUUGAUUUCUGAAGCAGUGUAUCUAAAGUCUUAUCUUCAUCUGAUCACAUAGGAUUCCAAUAAUGAAUAAA